AUGAGUUGGCUACGUUCAAGUCCUUUGCGUCAAAGUUUAACACGUACACAAAGUAGUAAUGGUGGUAGUUCAUCAACAGGUGGUGGUGGUGCGGCUGCAUCUACACAAAAUUCCAUAUUACGCCAAAGGCCCAUAGACACAGCCACAGAUUGUGAUCCACGAGCAUGUUAUGAUAGUUUUUGUAAACAUUGGCAGCAGGCCUAUGAAAUAAUACAAAAAUCGCAUGGACCAAAUAGACCACCACCAACACAUGAUGAUGUCCUGGCUGUGGUGUCACAUUUAGAUUUUAUGGUCACUCUGCUGCUGGUAGAAUUACAUCAUUGUAAUAAAAUUACAUUACCCGAUGCAUCGAAUACACCACCAGCACCCUGUUUGGAAUAUUUGCUAAGUGAAAAUCUUCUGGACAAACUGUACGAAUGGGGUUGUACAACGGGUCGUUAUGCCAAUGCUGUACGAUUGGAACAAUUGAAACUUUACGAACUAUUGGUUAGCCAUUCAAGGCAUCAGUUAUUGUGUCAUGAACCAUUUUUAAGGCCACUACUAAAAAUAUUGGCAUCGAGUCAAGGUGAAAUAUUUCCACCGGAUUUGGAAAAACGUUUGGUCAUACUACUCAAUCAGUUGUGUGUGCUGUUGAUGCAAAAUGUACAUUUAUUGGAUUUGUUUUUCUUUUCGUCCGCGCAAGAGACACAAAGUAAAAAUAAUUUCAUAAUCUUCUCCCUGCUCAUACCCUAUGUCCAUCGUGAGGGUAGUCUGGGACAUCAGGCCAGAGAUGCACUCCUCCUGUGCAUGGCAUUGUCGCAAAAGAAUUCCAACAUUGGUACAUAUAUAGCACAAUACUCAUCAAUGUGUCCACUGUUGGUAACUGGUCUGGGUGGUCUAUAUUCUCGCCUACCAAAUUCCAUAGAAAUUAAUUCGAUUGAUUGGCAUCGCAUAACACCGGAUGAUGUUACCGAAAUUCCCGAACUAACCCUCUUUAUGAAUGCUUUGGAAUUUUGUAACGCUGUCGUCCAGGUGGCCCAUGAAAUGAUUAAAACUCAAUUGUUGGAUUUUAUGUAUCAAGGGUUUAUUGUACCCGUAUUGGGUCCAGCUUUAUUGCAGACAUUAAAAGGCAAACAUUUCCAGACAAAUGUCGAUUCACAAAUAUCUGCAAUGUCAUAUUUGGAUUUAAUCCUGCGUUCGGUGACGGAACCAGAUCUAAUGAAGCUGUUCGUUAAAUUCCUGCUCGAUGCUGAGAAAUUUGAUGGUGAACGGAUAUUAGAUACUCUCGUGGAGCGCCUCAAAUCACAAGAUCCAAAUUUAUGUAUGGUAACAAUGGCAUUGUUCGACACGCUACUCGGCCUAUAUUGUGAAGAUUUAAUGUUGGAAUUGUUAUUGAAAUUUUUACUGCCGGGUAAACAUGUACCCAUAUCAUAUCGUCACAAAAUCAAUCGUAUCGAUCCCUACACAAAUGCAUCCGAUUUCUUUUUGAAUCUAACGCCAGAUGUUAUGAAAAGAGUUCGUGAACUGACAAAGCACAAACAUUUGGGUGAUACGGCGCACCAUACCCAUCCGACCAUGCCAUCACCCACCUCUACGUUAAGUAAAACUAUAGGAGCGAAUUGGAAUUAUUAUGGCUUGCAUACGGGCGAUAGUUUAUAUGCCAAUUAUCAUGCGUAUUUGUUUGAGGCCCAUUUACGUAUAGUCCAGUGUUUGAAUGCCUGUUCGGUGUGGUCAAGUGAUUAUCGAUAUCAAAAAUGGCCACGUAAAUCGGCGAAAGCCUGUAAUCAGACACUGGAAAUGGUCAAGGAGUUCUUCAAUGAAUUUAGCUGUGGCAAUGCGGCGGAACAAUCAAAUGUUGUGUCAUCAACAACGGCUGCGACUUCAGCGUCGUCGGGUGUACCUCUAAUGAUGACCUAUGAUGAUAAAAAACAAUUGGAUAGCUUACAAUCGAUUGGUGAAUCCAGUGGUUAUGAAUCAUUUAAAUGGCGACCAGCCGAUGAAGAUGGCGGCGGCCACAUGGAUGAAAUACAAAAUAGUAGUUGUCCAAUUGGCACUGGUAGUGGUUUACAGUUUGCCUUAGGCGGAGAAGUGGACUUGGAUGCCAGCAAUUGUAGUAGCGGUAAAGGACAAUCAGCUGGUGGCAGUAUGUCCGGCAAAAGAGAUUAUUGGCGCGUCUCAAAACAUCGCAGUGAAUUACAUUUAACCGAUUUGGAUUUUUCUGAAGAUCUUUUUGCCCAGGGGACUGUAUCAUUGGGUCCCUUUCUUAAUGCAAUUUGGUCUAAAUUACAAACAUUCACCAGCAAUACUCUGUAUGUCAAUUUACAUUUAACGGGUCUGAUAACCCGUUUAGCCUGUUACCCCUUACCGCUCAUACACUCAAUUCUACUACGUCCGGAUAUAGUUAUUACCACAGAUACACCAUCGUUUCAUCAAGUUCUACGUAUACUCAAACAGCAAAUAGAUGCUGAAUUACCCGUAGUCGAAGAUUCACUCGAAAUUAUUGAUGUUGCCCGAUCGUACUUAAUCGAUCGUGAAUUUCGUCUAAUGAAUGCCCGCAAAGCAAACGACAACUCUCCCAUACAUGUGGCCAAAACAUUGUCAGCAGCCACGGCGGCAACACACCAACAACAAUCAACAUAUGCCCAUUUAUCAGCUAGCUCUCCAGUCCAGGUUACACCAUCGUCAUCGUAUGACCCCUUCAAACGUAAUGAUGCCAAACGGAAAAGUAUUAGUAAAUCAUUUACGAGUAUGUUUAGCCGUAAAUCGAGUGCUACAUCUGGCUUAUCACAAAUUUAUGCAUUCUUCACCGGUAAAUAUUUCACUUUACUUGGUAUCCAUUUAGUUUUCGCUUCAAAUGUUAUUGUUGUUAUAUCCUAUUAUCUUUCCCUUUCUCUAUCUCUGUCCGUAGUGUUAUCGGGGCGUGGAAUUUCGGGAUCGAAUAAUAAUAGUAACUCGGUGACAUCGACAACAUCAACGAAUGGCGGCAGUGGUCAAAAUUAUCCAUCAUCCACAUCAAAUAGCAGCACACGUGAAACAAGCCUUACAACUUUACCACCGUCGGGAAUAAAACCAAAUGUCAGUGGUGGUAGUGUUACAACUUUAAGCUCAAUGGAUCAACAUACCCAUCAUGAACGGGGUAGCAGUGUUAGCAGUACAACAACAAUACAAUCAAAUAGUUCUACAUCACAAUAUCAACACAACAACAACAGCAGUAGCACCGUGGCACACAAUCUUUCAUCGGCAACUUUGUCAUCGUUGGGCGAAAGGGCUGCUGGAGGUGGUAACUCAACGGCCCAAUCGGCAAACAUUUUAAUGAGCAACAUUAUGGCUAGCGGACAAAAUUCCGGUCCAGCCUCAUUGGAUUCGUUGUCAUCAACAUUGGGUGGUAUUGCUAAUACCAGUGGCGGUACCGAACGUACCCGUGAUUUGGCACUGUGUGCGGUUCUCUUAGACGAAUGGCUCAAAGAAUUGGCUGCUAUAGCUCAAGAACAAAGUGUUGUUAUGAUCAAUGUUGGCUACUGACAUCAGACAAAA